UACGCUAGUAAAAUAUUUUAAUGCCUCAUUUGUUCCACAUUUAUUUAUAUGUUUAUUGGCAUGUUUAUUUCCCCACUUAUGUAAAUAGUGUUUCUCUGUAGGAAGUUGGCAAUAAUCUCAAUAGAUACAUGACUAGAACUCAAUGUAGUGGGUUAUUAAUCCUGGCUACCCAUCAGAAUCACCUGAGACACUUAAAAAAACAAAACCGAUGCCCCAGUCCUACCUCAAACAAUUUAAGUCAAUAUUUCUAGGGCUGGAAUUGGGACAACUCUAUUUUUAAGAACUUCUCAGAUAUUCUACAAAAUACUUGACCAGCACUUUUCAACGCUGUCAAGGUCAUCAUAAACAAGGAAUGUCUAAAAAACUGCCACAGUGUCAGAGGAGGUAAAGGAGACAUGAUAACUAAAUGUUAUGUGGUACCCUAAGUGAGAUCCUGGAAUAGAGAAAUAAUAUUAAGGGAAAACUACUGAAAUCCAAAUAAACUGUGGAGUUUAUUUAAUAGUAAUGUACCAUUGUUGAUUCCUUAGUUGUAACAAAUGUAUCAUCUUACACUAAAACAAAUGUCAACAUCUCACACAAUAGAGAAACUGGGUAUAUGGGAACUGUCUACUAUUUUUGUGACUUUUCUGUAAAUCGAAAACUAUUCUUUAAAAAAGUUUAUUUAGAACAUCUGACUAUAUGCUAGAGAGUAAAAGAUAAGGAUCUAUGAACUGAGAUCUAGCAUCAUUUGUGAAACUGACCCUUUUAAAGGGUUUCUCUGUGCUUCACUUUCUCUAGUAGGGUUGAAAAUCACUUACAUAGUAAUCUGCUUACAGUGUACCAGAAAACAAAAAGACGCUGUGAAAUAUUGAGCCCAACUGUCAAUUGUGGGCAUGUGCGUUCUUAAAAAUUUGACACUCAGAAACCACGGGCUGCUUCAUUAGGACCUUUAGGGAGAUUACAUUUCUACCGGCAGUUCCAGGAGAACACAAAUAGACUAAUGACAAUACACUUAACUGUAACAAUGACAAUCCUGAUAAUUACUGACUUCCAAAAUACAACAAUUCGAUAAAGACUGCUUAGUAGAGAAUAAAAGGUAACAAUAAAUUUCUUAGUUUAGAAGCAUAAGUUUCAUUUUAAUACCUAUGAAAAAUAUAAAUAUGUGGAUUAAAUAGAAUGUCUAAUGUUUUCUCAGACCCCAGUGGUUUGAGAAAAGCCUACCUGGAUUUAGCCGGUCACACCUCUCUUUUCAUAACCAUUGCCAUUUUAAGCAUAUUUGUCAUCUGUGCAAAUUUCUAGAGAAAAGUCAGAAUUAUGUUUGAAGAAAUCACUCUGCACAAGUAAACCCUUGCCAAACAGCAAGUGCCAGGAGACGAUGUUUCACAAAGCUUUUAAAAAUUAUUAUUAUUAUUAUUUUUUUUUUUGCACACAUUAUCUAGUUUGGUAAAACUGUCACCAAUUUACAAUCCGGAAUCACCAUGUGAGUCGAAUUAACAAAUGUAUUAGCAACUUGUAGUCAACCAGAUUGCAGUUCCAGCUCCCUAACUCAAUGCAAUUUUAACAAUUUAUCUUCUCUGAGUCUAUCUCAGUUUCUCAUCUGUAAAAUGUGUAAAAGCAAGCCACUUGCAGUUCAGAUGUUGAGAUUCGGUGGGAAGGACCUCGAGAAACAGCGGACAAUUUCAGGAUUUAGGGCUUUAGGUCUUGAUGGGUGGAUGGUACUGUGGAAGCUGUUUACUUGUUUGUGUUUCUAGAAUCGGAAGGUAAAGCGAAAGGGAUGGAAACGAACGAAAGGAAGAAGUAGGACAGACACCAGACAGAGAUCAACUCCAGGGACUCUUCCGGACCUGCAGGGCAGGCAGAGCAUUCGGUUGCUAGGCAGCUGCGCCUCCUGGGAGGGUGGGGGACCCCAGGGGCAGGUGUCUAACUCACUACCUUUUUGUUUAGCCGCGGUGCCUUCUUUUCAAAAUCAAUGAAACCUGUAGCCUUUAAAAGUAGACAUCUUUUUGCAACCAAGUUUAGGCAAGCCCUAUAGCCGAGUUCUGCUUGCGGUUGUUUUUCUUUUUCCUGUUCUCAGGCGCGCUGCGGGCACCUCUCGGACAAGGCCCCAGCCGUCGCGGGUUGCCGGGCAGAGUCGGACGCCGCCAGCUCUUCACUCCACGCCCACCGCUCUCCUGGAGCGCUGGGCCUUCGCUGGCCUCACCGGCAGCCAUGAGCUCGGAGAUGGAGCCGCUGCUCCUGGCCUGGAGCUAUUUUAGGCGCAGGAAGUUCCAGCUCUGCGCCGAUCUAUGCACGCAGAUGCUGGAGAAGUCCCCUUAUGACCAGGCAGCUUGGAUCUUAAAAGCAAGAGCACUAACAGAAAUGGUAUACAUAGAUGAAACUGAUGUAGAUCAGGAAGGAAUUGCAGAAAUGAUGCUGGAUGAAAAUGCUAUUGCUCAAGUUCCACGCCCUGGAACGUCUUUGAAACUCCCUGGAACUAAUCAGACAGGAGGGCCUAGUCAGGCCGUUAGGCCAAUCACACAAGCUGGAAGACCCAUUACAGGUUUCCUCAGGCCCAGCACACAGAGUGGAAGGCCAGGCACUAUGGAACAGGCUAUCAGAACACCCAGAACCGCCUACACAGCCCGCCCUAUCACCAGCUCCUCCGGAAGAUUUGUCAGGCUGGGAACGGCUUCCAUGCUUACAAGUCCUGAGGGACCAUUUAUAAAUUUAUCUAGGCUGAAUUUAACAAAGUAUUCCCAGAAACCUAAGUUGGCAAAGGCUUUGUUUGAGUAUAUCUUUCAUCAUGAAAAUGAUGUUAAGACUGCUUUGGAUCUGGCUGCCCUCUCCACAGAGCAUUCUCAGUACAAGGACUGGUGGUGGAAAGUACAGAUUGGAAAAUGUUACUACAGGUUGGGAAUGUAUCGUGAAGCAGAAAAACAGUUUAAAUCAGCCCUGAAGCAGCAGGAAAUGGUAGAUACAUUUCUGUACUUGGCAAAAGUUUAUGUCUCAUUGGAUCAACCUGUGACUGCUUUAAAUCUUUUCAAACAAGGCUUAGAUAAGUUUCCAGGAGAAGUAACCCUGCUCUGUGGAAUUGCAAGAAUCUAUGAGGAAAUGAACAAUAUGUCAUCAGCAGCCGAAUACUACAAAGAAGUUUUGAAACAAGACAAUACUCAUGUGGAAGCUAUCGCAUGCAUUGGAAGCAACCACUUCUAUUCUGAUCAGCCAGAAAUAGCUCUCCGGUUUUACAGGCGGCUGCUGCAGAUGGGCAUUUAUAACGGCCAGCUUUUUAACAAUCUGGGGCUGUGUUGCUUCUAUGCCCAGCAGUAUGAUAUGACUCUGACCUCAUUUGAACGUGCCCUUUCUUUGGCUGAAAAUGAAGAAGAGGCAGCUGAUGUCUGGUACAACUUGGGACAUGUAGCUGUGGGAAUAGGAGAUACAAAUUUGGCCCAUCAGUGCUUCAGGCUGGCUCUGGUCAACAACAACAACCACGCCGAGGCCUACAACAACCUGGCUGUGCUGGAGAUGCGGAAGGGCCACGUUGAACAGGCAAGGGCACUAUUACAAACUGCAUCAUCAUUAGCACCCCAUAUGUAUGAACCGCAUUUUAAUUUUGCAACAAUCUCUGAUAAGAUUGGAGAUCUGCAGAGAAGCUAUGUUGCUGCGCAGAAGUCUGAAGCAGCAUUUCCAGACCAUGUGGACACACAACAUUUAAUUAAACAAUUAAGGCAGCAUUUUGCUAUGCUCUGAUUGUUCCUUAGACCACAUAUGUUCUUAUGAAGCAGCAUUAUGCAAGGGGAAAAAAGUACUAUGUCUGUGUAUGUAUGUAUAUAGUGUAAUACGUAUAUUUUAACAAACCUGUCCUUGAUAUUAGUUAAGGUGACACAUAAGGGUGACAGAAAAUGUGUAAUGCAAAUUUCAUAGUAAUAGUAACUUUAUAAAAUAAUAUUAUAAAAUACAGGAUUUAAACCUUUCUAUAGAUCUUGAAACUUUCUCUCACAUUAUAUAGUAGAUGUUUGUUUAUAAUGUUUACAAAACAUUUUGGUGAAUUUCCUCAAUGUUUUAUAAAUGUACAUUUUUUAAGUCCUUAAGCUGACUCUUAGCCAUCAUGUAGCUUAAGGAGUCUGAAAUCUGCCAUUAAAACUGCACCUUUAAGCCAGGUGUGGUAGCAUGUGCCUAUAGUCCCAGCUACUUGGGAGGUGGAGGUGGGAGGAUUAUAAAUAGAGACUUUCCUUAAGACUUUAAAAAUGUAUUUUAAACUAUUUUUUAUUAAAUACUUUGUGAUUUCCUAUUAAGCUUUAAAAUAAAUCAUUGUGUAAAACACCAUCA